AUGUCAUUCACUACUGCCGUCCGUACGAGCUUCGAGAAGAAGGAGACCGCCUGGGGCUUCUGGCUCACAUUCCCAAGUGCAGGUGUUGCCAAAGUCAUCCUUCGGUCGGCUGCUACUUCACCUACGGGGCCGUUUUCAUGGGUCUUGAUUGAUGCCGAGCAUGGAUUGAUCUCAGAUAAGGAUUAUUACGAGCUCUGCAAUGCUGUAGCUUCAGAAGGAGCAACUCCGAUUAUUCGUGUCCCCUGGUCAGAAGAAUGGUUGAUCAAGCGUGCGCUCGACUCGGGUGCACAGGGUGUGCUUACCCCCAUGUGCCAUACUCCUGAAGAUGCUGCUCGCAUCGUGAAGUACUCGAAAUACCCGCCUGUCGGAAGCCGAGGUUACGGACCUAUGUACGCGCUUCACUCCUUUGCUGGGCUACCUGCGGAUAAGUAUGACGAGGAGGCCGAUAAGGGGCUGUUUGUCGCUGUACAAAUUGAGUCAAGAUUGGGUGUUGAGAAUGUAGAAGAGAUUGCAAAGGUUGAAGGCUUGGAUAUUCUUCUGAUUGGUCCUUUCGAUCUUGCUAAGCAGAUGAAUGUUGUUCGUGGUGGUGAAGAGCAUGAGGCGGCUAUUCAGCGCAUCCUGAAGGCUGCGAAGGCAGCAGGCAAGAUUGCCGCAAUUUUCUGCAGCAAUGGAGCCCAGGCGAAGGAGAGAGCUGCACAAGGCUUCGACAUGAUUUCUGUCACGACCGAUACUGGUGUGAUAGGUGAGGGUAUGGUUCGGGAGUUUUCUGCGGCAAGAGGUCUGGGCGGCGAGGCGAAGGAGAGGUCAGGAUAUUAG